AUGAACUUCGAAGUGGAUCGUUAUACACCUGCUUGGGCACAUAUCGCCCUUUGUGCGGAUCUUACAUGGUCUACAGAACCACCAGAUGAUUUUAUCAUAGCAAAUCAGCGCCUUUGGGCACAACAUUGUCGUGUUUCGCAAGUUCUUCAAGAGACAACGGAAUCACCUCAGGUUGUUCAACCUGCUAAUCAAUGCGGAGUAACAGAUCCCCACUUAACGACGGGUCAAGAAAAUGGAAAAUGUUCUCGAAAAAGCGUAAAGGACGUAAUACCAGAUUCAAGAUUGGCUCAAUUUUAUGGAAAUUUUUAUUACGACGAUAUCAGAGAAAAUUCAUACAAGAUCGCUAAAGAAAAAAUAUCUGGACGCGGUUAUAGCGGUCUUGGAUGUGACAAUUCUGACCUUACAGAAUGCUGGAUGCUGCCAGAGGUGGACUAUUGGUUUCGGAAACUGAUGGACGACACUGAAAUUAACGGGUACCGAUCGGCAGCUAGCGGGCGCUGGGGCCCCAGUGGGGCAGCAGAAGCUGCGGGUGAAGUUGCAACAUUAGAGGCCCGUGUCCGUAGUGUUCGUGCACUCUGGGAAACGUCGGAGCACGGUAGACCACAGCCUUUACGAGCCCCAAGUCCGCCACCUCCAUCACGAAAGAUGAGGGCAAGACGAAGGCAGCCUCGUCGAUUAAGCACAUGUACUCCUCCACCAGUAUACUGCCUCGACGCACCAGCUCAGCUUUGCUACGAUCCUACUUGUAAAUUUCAGUUUGACUCACCAAGAACACUACAUCUAACUGAGUGUCAGCGGGCUAUGGGGAGAUUAUCAGCAAGCGUCCAGGCUAUCAUGCGAGCAAACGCUGUUAGGUGUCCUAUGUAUCGGGGGACGAAUGUGAGUCGGUAUAUUCCGACCGGCCAGCGACCAAUGCGCUGUCCCGACCGACACGGGAUUUGGUGGCCGAGAGAUCUGCCUACAUCAAGACUAGAUCGUCGUUUAAAGUUACCUCAAGUUCAUAACGCACCUGACAUCAAUCAAAAGAAUGUUAAUAAUACUUUGGAGAACACAGAAAAAGAAGACUGUUCGGAAGCAAAUGAGAAAGAUACGUCUAAGCCUCAACAAUCGCCUUCAAGCACAGACAACUCUCCAGAGAAAUUAGAAAACUCAAAAACAACACAAAAAGAGAGGACUGUCAUCGAUGGUCAAGCUCCAUCUACUAGCGCCGCAGUUUUGGAAAAUGAAUUAAGUAACAAACGACUUUACAGCACCGUUUUAAGUAUGAGCGCUCCGCCUCCAAUCACUCUAACGCCAGGUUGUGUCAGAUUAACACAAAAACUAGUAACACCCGGUUUAAUUAAGCUUAAUCCUAAAGUUGUUUUAUCAAACAGAACACGAACACCGAAUGUCGAAGUUAAAUUCGAAGAACUAGAAAAGGAAGCCCUAGAACAGUACAAAGCGUCUGAUGAAAGUAUUGACACCAAAUUCCGAGAGUUAGAAAAGCAAGCGGUGGAACAAUAUAGUACCAGCAAUAGUAACACAAGCUGCAGCAGCGGUAAUUCAACUGAAAAGCGAAUACCAAGCGAGUAUCCUACGGCAAAGGGAAAUCAAAAAUCGAGAAUACAAAUGUCGAAAUUAAACAAGGAUAUAACUGUAGAUAGUGUCGUUAUAUACUCGCAAAAUUUUCCCGAUCUUACCGCCAAAAGCCAUACCAAGAGUGCAAUCAAUUUAAAAAACUUCCACAACCCCCCGAGGGGGGAAAAAAAGGAAAACCAUAGGUCCAAUAAAAAUUUGAGAAAUUUUAAAAGUGAUUCUCAGCGAGCAGCAUCCGAUACCGAUUAUGAAGCAAAGCCUAAUCAUAGGGGAAAUUAUAAGGGUCCAUUGAGAUGGACUUUACACGUGAUGCCACCAAAGAAAAGACAUCUGGCUGUUUGUGUAUCAGACUUUUCUUCUGAUGAAGAUAUAGAGGAUGUUGCAAAUGGUUCGUUAAAAGAUGCUGGGCCGUGCAUUAAAAACCAUGUCACUGGUAAAGCCAAAAUGUCUGCACAUGGCGGAGGAGACUUGAAUCCCAUUAGGAGGAAAAUGUAG